UUUUUUUUAAACGUAUCUCACUGAAAUGGAUCACUUUGAUUCAUCAUACGACGCUCAUGAAAGUGAUGGUUGGAGAGAUCCUACAAUCUUACCUGAUGCUAAUUCUCUUCGACGUUCUGGAAAUAUUGUGAAUCGUCAUGAAACUGAAGUGACUGCCCCUAGCCGACAACCUGACGACUGCUGGAUGUUGCCUUCUACCAGUACAGAAGUAGAUAUCUUGGGACCUCAAAAUAAACAACUGGAAAUUAUUCAAAAGAAAACUGAAGCAUACUUGGUAUUCAACCGUGCAAAACAUCAAGUUGAUAUUUGGGGUGAUCACGUUUCCAUUCCUCUUGCCAGACAGUAUCUUGAUCAUUUGGGCGACCAACACCAUGAAAAGAAACAGCCAACAAGAAAAACCAAGAAAUGGGGAAAACCUGAACGUCAACUAACGGAAAAAGAACAACGACGCGAAGAAAAACGACAACAACGCCAGAUGGAGGAAAGAAGCUAUCAAGGUCUUCCUGCUGGUCCUCAACCUUAUAUUGCCUUUUUUCCACUUCCUGAUAACAACCUUCCAUUGGAAAAAUUCGUUGGUGAAAAGGAAAGUUUUCUCAACAAGCUUCGAGCAUCAGGAAAAUCACACAUAUGGUACGAAGAAUCUAUGAAUGCUUUCAAAGUUGCUGGCCAAGACCAAGAUCUAGUUCAAGAAACUGCCACCCGUUUACGUCAAUGGUAUCUCAAACAGUGUAGAAGACUUAUGCCUGCCGAACUACGACUUUUAUAUCAACCCACAAAGAAUAUUGGUGCCCGAUUCAUCAAAUUACCAGCAUCCUUUACACCAUGUGAACUUUAUCUUCGUCAAACUGAAUUUGAUUCUUAUCGGAUGUUGGACCCUCUUGUCACAGGAGCCAUCAAGGAUACUCUUCAUAAAAAAACAAAUGCUUUGGUCAACCGCCCUAAGGAAUCUUUGGAUCUAAUUCAACUUGGAAAUGAAGAAAAUUAUGAGGGAUCUAUUGAAGACAAUGAUGAAUAUCAAACUACUGGAGGUGAUGGCGAUUCUUCUGUUGUCUCGAAAAGUCUUUUGGAUCUUAACGAACGAAAUGCAAAAUUGAUUUCUGUUAAAUUGGAUGAAGGCCUGGAAAGCUUGCGAUUAUUGGAUUGGGAUAUUUCUUUAGAUGUGAUCUUUGGACAAAUUUAUCUUGUAAGCUAUCCCAAGAAAACUGAUAUGUAUGUCUUUAGUGCAGAAGAAUUGGCGGACAAGUACUUUCCUCAUGACAAAUUCGAAUCCAAAUUGGCACCUUGUAUUGGUACGAGUCAUGAACAUGUCAAGGGUUUAUUGGAAUAUCUUUCUCGACACGGCGAAGAGUAUGCGGAUUCACCUAGAACCUCUUUUACUGUUGAAGCUAUACAAAUGCCUACAUUACCAGAAGCACCCAAAGAAGGAUUUUCUCGUGGUGAUCGUGCUACUGCUCCUGAUUCUGGUACUAUCAAGCCUGGUCUUUCUUGGAGAACGAUGGUGAAGGUGAACGGAUUUACAAAGGACGGUUAUGUUAGAUUAUGGGAUUGUGUAACGGAUUACAAGUCAUUGGUCAAGAUUAGUUGCGCCAACUUGGAAGGUGAAUACUCUUGGGAAACACGAUUGAAAUAUGCUCGACGAUUACCUUCUGAACUCAAUACUCCUCAUGGACAGUUUGUAGAUAAGAUGCGACUCACGAAUACAAAUCGACUUUCGAUGAUGAUGGUACCAGGUUAUCAACCUCAUAUUAUUAAACAAAUCACAACAUGGGUUUAUGGUUGGGGAUCUUAUGUAGUGGAAGUGGAAAAGGAAGAAAUGUGGGAUAUGGCAAAUAUGGAUGACAUUCAUACUUCCAAGUUAACAACAUCUGGUCUUCCUUUGGAUCUGUCGAAAUUUACUCCUCAUCGUGUCAACUAUCAUAUAUCCAUGUACAAGGAACGCUGGAGAAAUAGGUUUUCUGAUAAUCUCAACUUGGAUAUUGGUGAAGCACCUUCAUGGACCCCUCGUCAUUUCCUGAACAACCCUGGUACUGCCAAUAUGAAUGAUCAAGAAGAUGCUAAAACCAUUCAAGAGGAUGCCAAGAAAUUUGCUGAUAUGUUGUCUAGUGUUUUGCCCCGUUAUUUUGAAAAUCGUCCAGUAUCCUUAGUUUAGUAUCCAUUUUUUUUAUGUUUUCAUACCCUUUAUCACUCUGUCUAUAUUUUAUCAAAAAAAAAAAGGAAAUAAAAUUACUUUUGAUUACUUUUA